CGAAUAUCAGUGAUGUACGCACACGAGAAGAUGUCGGAUAUUGUUGCUGAAAAGUGCCUAGGUGAAAUGUUUCCGAAGGGCAAACGAAUCGAAUUCCAAGAAUCGGACGAGCCUUGUAUUAUAUACUGCGUGUUGAGGAAAUUGGGCAUUAUGAACAGUAAUGGACAAAUUAAUAUAGACCUUUAUCGGAAACGCGUGCAGCAAGCUCAGCUCGAUGGUAGAAGCGUACCGAAUGAUAAUGGAAGCGCCUGUAUUGAAAGCGCAGAAGCAACGCAACAUAAACAAGACGUCUGUAAGAAGGCGAAAGUGUUUAAUGAUUGUACACAUCUCUACAAAAUACUAUUUUAA